AGACGAGGUAUAGUCCUAUAUCUCGUUUGUGUUUCAACUAAUGCAGUAUAGAGUUUUGCUAACUUUAAAAUGUUAUUACACAUGAUUACUACUGACAUCUUUCUUAAAACGAAGUAACGUAUCUAUGUUUAUCAUGUUUAAAGGAAUAUAUUUAACAAUGAGUAAUUUGUUUGGAAAACAUAUUUAAAAUCAUAAAGAAAAAGAAAAGAGAAAGCAAUGUAAAUACAUAAUAUGAAUCAUAACCUUCAAAAUAAUAUAUUAAAUAUAUUAGUAGUAUAAAACGUUAAUGUCAAACAUGGAUAUUCAUAUUACUCUUUUGAUAUAUUAUGUAUUUUUUAUUAUUCACAGCAGUACAGGUGGACUUCAUAGAAAUUUGAAGUACUAUGAAACUCUUCAUUCAUCUAAUUUUCAACACAGAAUUGUGAAGAGAGGUAUUCAGCAUAGUUAUCAUCCUUACAAUAAAAUAAGCGAAUUAGAAUUUUAUUCUCAUGGACGAUAUUUUCGAUUAAUUUUAACACCAAGAAGAGAAGUAAUUCAUUCCAAAUUUAAAGCAUAUGAAGUCAAUGGCGAUGGAAAAGAAAGAACUAUACACUUAGAUCAUGAAAGUUUCUAUCAUGGCCGUGUAUUUGGUGAAAUUGAUUCUCAUGCCCAAGUACAUAUCGAUAAUGGAAUUUUUACAGCCAGUAUAACAAUUUCUGAUGAAACAUUUCACAUCGAGCCAUCUUGGAGGCAUUUACCUCAUUUAGGGAAUGAAACUAUGAUUAUUUAUAAAUCAUCAGAUGUUAAAUUAAGUUGGGAACAUAUUCAAAAUGGUGAAGGUCACACUCACGGUGCUCCUAAAACUUGUGGAUAUGUGAAAGAAGAAUUAGACAUUCCAAUGAACAAUGAAGUAGAAACUCGAGAAGCAACAGAUUUUACAGAAGACAGACAUUCCAGAACAAAGAGACAAACCGAAACUUAUGAAUAUACUCCUACUAAAACAAGGUGCCCUCUACUAUUAGUCGCGGAUUAUCGUUUUUACCAGGAAAUGGGUGCUAGCAGUACAAAAACAACAAUCAAUUAUUUGAUAAGUUUAAUCGAUAGGGUACAUAAAAUUUAUAAUGAUACUUUGUGGCAAGAACGGCAAGAGCAAGAUGGAUUUAAAGGAAUGGGUUUUGUUAUUAAAAAAAUAGUUGUCCACAGCGAACCAACUCGUGUAAGGGGUGGUGAAACACAUUAUAAUAUGGUUAGAGAAAAAUGGGAUGUACGCACAUUAUUAGAGGUAUUUAGCCGAGAGUAUAGUCACAAGGAUUUUUGCUUAGCUCAUUUAUUCACUGAUUUAAAAUUUGAAGGUGGGAUACUGGGAUUAGCAUAUGUAGGAUCACCUCGUAGAAACUCAGUGGGUGGAAUUUGUACACCAGAGUAUUUUAAGAAUGGCUAUACACUAUAUCUUAAUUCAGGAUUAAGUUCUAGUAGAAAUCAUUAUGGACAAAGGGUGAUUACUAGAGAAGCCGAUUUAGUCACUGCACACGAAUUCGGACAUAAUUGGGGUUCCGAACAUGAUCCAGAUAUAACAGAAUGCAGUCCAAGUGCUAGUCAAGGAGGUUCAUACUUAAUGUACACAUACAGUGUUAGUGGAUAUGAUGUAAAUAAUAAGCGUUUUUCGCCCUGUAGUUUAAGAUCCAUUAGAAAAGUUCUACAAGCAAAAUCCGGUCGUUGUUUUUCUGAACCGGAAGAAUCAUUCUGUGGCAAUUUACGUGUCGAAGGAGAUGAAGAAUGUGAUGCAGGAUUACUCGGAACUGAGGAUAAUGAUGCUUGCUGUGAUAAAAAUUGUAAACUACGUAGAAAUCAAGGGGCAGUUUGCAGCGACAAAAAUUCACCUUGUUGUCAAGGUUGUGCAUUCAUGCCGCUAGGUGUAAAAUGUAGAGACGCACAGUAUGCAACUUGUGAACAAGAAUCACGUUGCACAGGAGCGUCCAGUGAAUGCCCUAGAUCUCCACCAAUGAAAGAUGGUACAGGUUGUCUUGAGAGAGGCCAGUGUAAACUUGGAAAAUGUGUACCAUAUUGUGAGACGCAAGGCUUACAAAGUUGCAUGUGUGACACAAUUGGAGACGCAUGUAAAAGAUGUUGUAGAAUGAGCUUGAAUGAAACAUGUUUCCCCAUAGAUCCACAAGAUAUUUUACCCGAUGGAACUCCAUGCAUUCAAGGCUUUUGCAAUAAGGGUAUUUGUGAAAAGACAAUUCAAGAUGUGGUAGAAAGAUUCUGGGAUAUUAUCGAAGAUAUAAAUAUAAAUAAAGUCAUGCGAUUUUUAAAAGAUAAUAUAGUAGGGGCAGUCAUAAUUAUAAGUGCUAUCGUGUGGAUUCCAACUAGUUGCGUUAUUAGUUACAUUGACCAUAGACGCGUUAAAGAAAGUGAAAAAAAAUGGCGCUGGAAACAUACGGAAGAGCUUAUUCAUCCUGACGAACAAAGACAAGUUAUUUAUAUAGGUGGACAAAGACAAAGAAUGCAACAAGUAUCACAACAAUCAUAAAUUAUUUGUAUACAUAUAUACUAAAACACCAUAUGUAAUUAAGUUACUAGUCAUAUGUUUAUGUUUUAUAUUUUGUACAUUUUUUAUUUAUUAUGUAGGUACAUACAAGUAUUAUUUUAAAAAUGAAUAUAAAAGAUAACUAAGAUACAAAGAUAAAUACUUUAAAUUAAAAUAUACCAAAUCAAUAAUAAUAUGUAUAUUUUAUAUGAUAGUUUCUUCUGUCAAUGUUUUUAUUACACAGGGUGAUAAAGGAAAAGUAUUCAUAAUUUCUAGGGUAUGUAAUACUCAUUGAAUACCAUAAAAAAGUGCUAAUAAAAAUGGAUUGAAAAAUUAAUAUGUUUGAAGUUAUAAACAAUUUUUUGUUUCAAUUGAAGCUACUGAUUUUUUACUUCAAGAAUUAUUGUACAGUAUAGAAACAAUGGAGUAUUUGUCUUUUCCCUCUAUGCUAAUAUCACAACACAGGAUUACCACAAUCAUAAUAUUAUAACCAAGGAAAGAAGAAAUGAUAAGAUAAUCCAUUGUUUUCAUACAGUUUUAAAUGACAGGAUCAAAUAUUAUACAUUAGAAGAAAAAAAUCACGGUUAGUUUCGUAUCUCUAUAAAAAGUCCCUUUAAAAAAUAUGUUUCAUUUAAAGUAUUUCUUUAUACAAUAAAUAGU